GGACGGGACGGGACGGGACGAGACGGGACGGGAGCUCCGGGCGAGGGGCCGCGGCCUGCGGGGAGCGGGGCGGCUGCCGCCCAGCGUUGCUCAGCGCGGCCCCGGGCCGGCCGGCGGGCCCGGCUUAGCGGCGGAGCCCGCAGCCCCGGGCGGCUGCGCCCAGCUCCAUGAAUGGAAAUCGGCAGCGCAGGACCCGUCGGGGCGCAGCCCCUGCUCAUGGUGCCGCGGCGCCCCGGCUAUGGCACCAUGGGCAAACCCAUUAAACUGCUGGCUAACUGCUUCCAGGUUGAAAUCCCAAAGAUCGAUGUCUACCUCUAUGAGGUGGAUAUCAAACCAGAUAAGUGUCCUCGGAGGGUGAACAGGGAGGUGGUGGACUCAAUGGUGCAGCAUUUUAAAGUGACAAUAUUUGGGGACCGUAGACCGGUUUAUGAUGGGAAAAGAAGCCUCUAUACAGCCAAUCCGCUGCCUGUGGCCACUACUGGGGUGGAUUUGGAUGUGACUUUGCCAGGAGAAGGUGGAAAAGAUCGUCCCUUCAAAGUGUCAAUAAAGUUUGUUUCUCGGGUGAGCUGGCACUUGCUGCAUGAAGUUUUGACAGGAAGAACCUUGCCUGAGCCUCUGGAACUAGACAAACCUAUCAGCACUAACCCUGUUCAUGCUGUUGAUGUGGUGCUACGACACCUCCCCUCCAUGAAGUACACCCCUGUGGGCCGCUCCUUUUUCUCAGCUCCGGAAGGCUACGAUCACCCCCUGGGUGGAGGCAGGGAGGUCUGGUUUGGAUUCCAUCAGUCUGUUCGGCCUGCCAUGUGGAAGAUGAUGCUCAAUAUUGAUGUUUCUGCCACUGCCUUCUACAAAGCACAACCUGUAAUUCAGUUCAUGUGUGAAGUUCUUGACAUUCAUAACAUUGAUGAACAACCAAGACCUCUGACUGAUUCUCAUCGGGUCAAAUUCACCAAAGAGAUAAAGGGUCUAAAGGUAGAAGUGACUCACUGCGGAACGAUGAGGAGGAAAUACCGUGUUUGUAACGUAACAAGAAGGCCUGCAAGUCAUCAAACCUUUCCUUUACAGUUAGAAAAUGGCCAGACCGUGGAGAGAACAGUAGCACAGUAUUUCCGAGAGAAAUACAACCUCCAGCUGAAAUACCCUCAUCUUCCUUGCCUACAAGUGGGACAAGAGCAGAAACACACCUACCUGCCUUUAGAAGUGUGUAACAUCGUAGCUGGCCAGCGGUGCAUCAAGAAGCUGACGGACAAUCAGACAUCAACUAUGAUAAAGGCCACGGCGAGAUCUGCUCCAGAUAGGCAGGAGGAAAUAAGCAGAUUGGUGAGAAGUGCAAAUUACGAUGCAGAUCCAUUUGUUCAAGAGUUCCAGUUCAAAGUCCGGGAUGAGAUGGCCCACGUGACAGGGCGCGUGCUCCCAGCUCCCAUGUUGCAGUAUGGAGGACGGAAUCGAACGGUGGCGACCCCAAGCCAUGGGGUGUGGGACAUGCGAGGGAAGCAGUUCCACACUGGUGUUGAGAUCAAGAUGUGGGCUAUCGCUUGCUUUGCGACACAGAGACAAUGCCGAGAAGAAAUACUGAAGGGUUUCACGGACCAGCUGCGCAAGAUCUCCAAAGACGCGGGGAUGCCCAUCCAAGGCCAGCCCUGUUUCUGUAAAUACGCCCAGGGUGCGGACAGCGUGGAGCCCAUGUUUCGACACCUCAAGAACACCUAUUCGGGGCUUCAGCUCAUCAUUGUCAUCCUGCCGGGGAAGACGCCGGUGUACGCGGAGGUGAAGCGUGUGGGAGAUACGCUGUUGGGAAUGGCCACGCAGUGUGUCCAAGUCAAGAACGUCAUUAAAACAUCUCCACAGACCCUGUCAAACCUGUGCCUGAAGAUUAAUGUUAAACUGGGAGGAAUCAACAACAUCCUUGUACCUCAUCAACGACCUUCUGUGUUCCAGCAGCCAGUGAUCUUUUUGGGAGCCGAUGUCACUCACCCUCCUGCUGGAGAUGGAAAGAAGCCUUCUAUAGCUGCUGUUGUAGGUAGUAUGGAUGCUCAUCCAAGCCGGUACUGUGCCACGGUGAGAGUCCAGCGGCCGCGGCAGGAGAUCAUCCAAGACCUGGCCUCCAUGGUGAGGGAGCUGCUCAUCCAGUUCUACAAGUCAACGCGGUUCAAGCCCACGCGCAUCAUCUUCUAUCGGGACGGGGUCUCCGAAGGACAGUUUCGGCAGGUUCUGUAUUACGAACUGCUAGCCAUUAGAGAAGCCUGCAUCAGUCUGGAGAAGGAUUACCAGCCGGGAAUAACCUAUAUUGUGGUACAGAAGCGACAUCAUACACGACUGUUCUGUGCCGACAGAACAGAAAGGGUUGGACGAAGUGGCAAUAUUCCAGCUGGAACAACUGUAGAUACAGACAUUACACAUCCAUACGAGUUUGAUUUUUACCUCUGUAGCCAUGCUGGAAUACAGGGUACCAGCCGUCCCUCACACUAUCAUGUUUUGUGGGAUGAUAACUGUUUUACUGCAGAUGAACUCCAGCUGCUGACUUACCAGCUCUGCCACACAUAUGUGCGCUGUACACGAUCGGUUUCUAUACCCGCACCAGCGUAUUAUGCUCACCUGGUAGCAUUCAGAGCACGAUACCAUCUCGUGGACAAAGAACAUGACAGUGCUGAAGGAAGCCACGUUUCAGGCCAGAGCAACGGCAGAGACCCCCAGGCCCUGGCCAAGGCCGUACAAAUUCACCAAGACACCUUACGCACGAUGUACUUCGCUUAAUUCUAUAAUCCGGGAGCAUCCUCGCUGAAAGGAGGAACUGAGCAGUGAAGCCACACGCAGCGUAUGUUUGGGGUUGGUUUGUGGGCUGUGCCUCCCGUCGUGCUGAAGGUGACACUGUGCAGGGGCGAGAGGCUUCACCCUUAAAUUGACACGAGGAAGAUUGUUUACUUCAUCGAGGAACACAGCACUAUUAUGCAAUAUGAAACCAGCCAACUGCUUUUUCGGCGCGGUCUCCUGUAGGAAGCACCGCCGUCAUUUUUUUUUUUAAUUAUUAUUAUUAUUUUUUAAUUAUUUCUCAUAGUUUAACCCUCUUAUGCCUUUACCUCAAGUUGCUCGGCAGCACAACUAUCUUUGCAAAAAAAAAAUAAUAAUAAUAAAACAACAAAAAAAAUCUAUGGUGUAAUUAAAAUAAAAGCAAACCACCUUUAUAGGAACAAUCAACAAUGAUUGUUUGGGGGACAGAAGUGUGCAAAAGAAAAAUAAGAAUGAAGUUGUUACCCCGCUGCAUUGAGGGAUCUUUUCUCGCAGUAUUGCCAUCAAGGUUUGAAUGUGAACAUAUCCAAGUACAUUUGACUGUACAGCGCUAGCUAGAAAACAAAUGAGCAGGGGGGGAAGAUAUUUUGCACACUAAUCUAAUAAUUUGAAUAUAAUUUAGCCAACUGCUGCCUUUGUGUCUCUGUUCCCAGCUUUGGAGUUCUCAGCUCCACUAAUUCCCCUUUCCAAAGCAAACCCAAGGCAGGAGUGAGCCCACCAGUUCCUGCUCCCCGGUGAAUUUACUAAAGCUGCUGUUUGACCUAGUCCAAGAGUUUCAAUUCUUUCCUAUCUGGCAAGUCCGAUAUGUCGAAGCUUCGCGUGGGCUCAGACGUCCCACGUUUUCUGAGAUUCCACAUAGUAAAGACCAGAACUGAAACUUCAGAGCUAAUGUCUUUUUGGAAAAAAAAAACAAAGAAAAAUGCUAGUUUACUUGCUGCCUCUCACACCUUAAUGUGAUUUCAUAUGUAUGUGUUUUUGAAGUUUAGCUUCCUUUUGUUUCUUUUAUAUUUAUUAGAGUAAUAAUAAUGCUUUAAUUUAAUUAUUACAGAACAUAUGGUCAACAUCAACUUUUAUUUUUUAGAAAUGUAACCGUGUUUAUUUUUAAAAAGAAAACUGACAACUUGUUUUGCUAUCUUUUAGUGCAAUAAGCGUUCGAAAGGAAACUGUGUCCAUUGAGCUGUACUCAAGCAGUGUUUGCACCACUAACUGUGGAAGAAUGGACACCUCCAUGACUUUAAAAGGACAAAGUUAAAAGCCUUAAUUUUGAAAGGAAAGUUUUCUAGUCAGAAGGAAUCUUGAAUUUUCCUUUUUUAAAUCAAAAAAAAUAGCAAAAACGCGUCUAGAAUCCUGCGAGCUUUCUUGUCACUGCAGUAUUUUGAUUUAACAAAGGAACUGGCCAUAUUUUGGGCUUUGAAACGUGGAGAAUAUUUGAAUUAAAUGAAAGGGUUUUUUAUUAAGAUCUAAGUUUUUAUGUGCUUAGUUAAAUCUAUUUGACAUCAGUGAAAUGUCUGGAAUUGAUAAAAGUUUUUAGGCUUUUUUCCUCUUUGAUAACGACUUUCCUUUUAAAAUUAAGUUAUUGGUAACUUCAUUUCACUUUGCAAAUCAAGAGGGCUGGGAUAGUUCUAACAUGUUAAAUCACUGAAAUGUGAAACAAAUUGACGGGGACUCUUUCAUUCCACUUUAAAGGUAAAACAAUAUUUAAGAUGUCAGAGAUGAGCAUUUACUCAACGAGGGGACUGGGGAGUUUUGCACUUUGUAAACUCGUGAACUGCAUUUUUUUGACUGUUUUUAUUUGCACUGGUUCAUAGUUAUAUACUGCAGCUGGUUUGUACGGGCAUUGCUGUUAUCCCAGCCCUCCGCACCUCCUCCUGCUCUCACAUGAAAACCAGCCCGGUGGAAGUAGCUUCUCUCGAGAAAUCCGCUCUUCGCCAAUACACUGUAUUCUGAGCCUCGAAUCUGAGCCCGUUUUGCUUCAACAAGCACGAAUCCCCCCCCCAGUUUUUCCGCCAGAAAACAAAGUACUGUAUUUUCAUGCGUUUAUAUGUGAACUGUAGGUAGUGCUGAUCACAACGCUGUCUCCAAGAGUGUUUUCUGGCUGUUGUCUCCCCGUCUCCGGGAUGAUAAUAUGAACAGGCUGACUUUGCAGAGCAACCGUUGCACUGGACGUGGCGGUGACGGGGCCAGCGGGGGUGACCUGGGCGUCCCCGCGUUGUCCCCAACCUGGCCCUUCUCUCUUGAUCUGUGACCUGCCCGUUUUCUCUUAGAGUCACUCUCCCUGGUAGUUCCGUUUAUAAAUGUUCAAGUCAGGCUUUUUGCAUAAAAUUAAUUUUUAAAAAAUUAUCUAUUUUAAAUCAUUUUACAAAGACCCCUUGUGGAUUUCUGGCAUUUAGGUGAGAAUUCCUUUCUAAAACGAGUCUUUCCGCACUCCUUUCCAAAACACCGUCUGCUUCUCAUCCUGCCCACGCUCACUAUGAUCUGAGAAGCUUUUUUGCUCGCUACUUUCACCAAAAAAAAUAAAGCAGCUUCAUUGGGAAAGUGAUUUAAAUUACCUGGUUUUCAUGUGAAGAGUAUUUGGAAGUUUUAAUCUCUUUUCUUGGUUUUGCAAAUAUCUACGUAAAGUGCCGAUACUUAUUUGUAUUACGAUAUCAAGUUACUGGCGUUGUGAGGGCCACGCAUUUAUGAUGCUGUAGCUGCUAUAUUUAUUUAAAUGGAGAUGGACAAUUACUGCACUAAGGAACGAGGAGAUAAGCAAGGAAUCAAGGUUAGUUAGAUAUCUUGUUUUGUUUCAAAAGAGAAUUAAUGGUGUGAAAUAUCAAGUGUAACAAAGGGUGCUGUCAUUUUAACUGAGAUUAAAUAGCCAGAUAUUCUUCCUUUGUUUAAAAACAUAUAUAUUUUGAUGUUUGCAGUUGGGGGGUGGGGAGGGGGUCGGGAUAAAUGGUACCUCAUCUGUGGUGGCAGUUUCCAGUAUAUUUUCAGAGUAUAUGGAUUUCUUUUAUUUUUGUACCUGCUCUCCUUUAAAAAGAAAAGAAAAUAAUCUCAAAUUUUAUGUGCUGUUUGGGGAAAUAUCGAGUGGUGUCCCAGGUCCCCCAUCUGUAUAUAGUCCAAAGAGGAGCGUGGGCAAAGGCUGACGGUUCUGUUUGCUUUGCAGAUGCGCCGGCCUCGUUUUUUAUGCCUGUCUAGACCAACGGUUCCCGUCUCCUAAGACCCUGUUUGCACCGAGACCUCACUUGGCCGUAACAAGUGCCACUAGUUGUCCCCAUGGCGGGGAAGGCGCCGCCGCUUCUACCCCGGCAGAAACCACUGGUAGAUCCAGGUGUGGAGAAAAGGCGAGUGUUUGGUAGAUGAGGCAUUAGACUUGAUGUCAGCUACCGGAGUGACUGACUCCGCUUGCACAGAAGUGGCUUUUAGGAGUAAAAUGGGUUUCUGGAAGUUGUCAGUCAAAUUAUUUCAAGAGGUGAUUGGUCCUAAACUAUUUUCACUUCUUCACCUACAAGUUUUUGUCCUAUAAAAUGCUCAGUGUGAGAUACUAGAUAGUCAUCUUCUGUUGAAAUUCCAGCUAUGAAUACUGGUUUUCUACUAGUCUGGAAAUCCACUCUGGUUAGGGAAUGUUAUGGUUGGACUCGAUGAUCCCGAGAGUCUCUUCCAACUGAAGUGAUUCAAUGAAACUCCAAGCUCAGCCAACACUUAAAAGCUUUGAGGCCUUUUUUUUAAUGCUUUCUUCAUAUCUUGUCCUCUUUUGGUAUUUUCCCUAUUUUGUGAAAAUGACUCGAAGCACUUUUGUAACCAAGGAAUGAAGCGCUCAGAUGAUGUACGCUACCAAUUCAGUUUGCAGAGGCUGAAUUGGAUCCAUAGGGAUGUCAAAGGGAAAGAUUCCCGUCCAUCUUUCCUACCCAAAGACGGUCCUUCAGAUCAGCGUGGGCUAUUAGGAUAUCGUUUUGUUUUCGGCACGUGUUUAAAUAGAACUUCACUCACCCAAUCCACUAACAGCGGUUAGAGCUUGAGCCGAUGGACGCGUUCUGCUAGUAGAAGACUUUGUACUUCCCGUAGCUGAGGUGCGAACGAGGUGGGUACGGGAUCCUUCAUUUUACCUCCUCAGCAGAGUCUCAACAGUCCUGAUCUCUAGAACACUAAACCAAAACCAAGUUGUUGUCCCCGAAUAGGCAAAGGUGCGUUUGGAGGGGCAGGACCUGCACGGGAGGAAGAUACUGAAGCGCCCGUUUUCCAGCCCAUGUGCCCUGGCUGAGGUACCCUCACCUAACACGGGUCAUUAGCGGAGGGUCCUGUUAAAACAAAGCAGUUCCACUGUUUAAACCUUGCAGUGAUUAUUAUCUUAUUUAUUUUUAAGCAAGACAGUCCUCAGAAAGUGCCUUUUUAGAAGACGGUGCUGUAGAUUUUUAUUUUCCAGUUGUGCGUGGCUGAAAAUUUAAGAUAAAUUAUUGCAAAUGCCAAGUGUUUGACAGUAUCUUUCAGGUACUUUCAAGCACCAGCUUCUCUGAGUCAGGACCAAGAAUAACCAGGAGGGUGUUUCCAUGUGGAGGGAGAGGCACUGAGGAGCGAUCGCCAAAUUCGGCUGGUAGGGUCAGCUCGGGGCGAGUCGAUGCGAUUUAGCUCUUCACAUCGAGCGGGACUCCAGGGACAAUGUUAGUGCUGCAAGGGAUCGCAUCGCUAGCGCAGGACGUUGUCUCAGCAACGUAGCAAGACGAAGGUGGGAAAGCUAAAGCCCUCUGAAGGCUUAGGAGGUGAGAGGAGUCCUGCUGCGAGCAGAGCUCGUGCGGCUCGUGAUGCACGUGGAUCCCUGGGAUUGCGGAUUCCCAGCGGGGAGGUGGGAUCCGUGCAGGGCUGUGGGUCCAGGGUGAGCUUGGCGAUGUUCCUCCGGUCGGGAAAAGCUGUCGACUAUUAAACACUGCACCUCAGUAACCUUGUAAUGCUGCAUAAAGUAAUAAUAAUAGCAAAGUUCUGCUUUGAUUACACUGUAAUGUGCUCGCACAUGCCUGCAAAAAACACACACUUUCAUUUUUGUAACGGUCUUAAUAGCAGUUAUCGGAGUUUUUCUUUUACAAUCAGCCAUGUCCGCAGGUGUGUUUGUGUGUAUUUAUUGGUAAUCUGUGUUCAGCUCAUAGGUCUGUGUCUUUGGUCUCUAUGUUGCUUUUAACACUUAUUUUUAGGCAGGAAAAGUUUCUUAAUGUUUUGUUGUUCUUCUCCUCCAAAGUCAGCUUAACAAAUCACGUUUGAGAGGAGACUGGAUAGAACAGCUUGGCAGACAGACUACUUCAAUUGGUACCUUGAGCUUAAAAUGAGUUUGUGUUCAUUUUAUUACUGUUCGUACACUAUUGGGCAUUGAAGAUGUAGAAUAACUUGAUGUCAGGAUGCUUUUGAAUAUCAGGAGCUUAAGCGCAAAACUCCCACUUUAAUUGCGAGUGGUCUCUUUGCAGGAAUAUUUGUGUGUCCAGCCUUUUCCUAGGAGCGAGCAGAGCUUUUUGGCAUCUGUUAAUCUGGACACAAUCAAUGAAACACGAGGGUGCAGGGUCCCAGAGUGGGCGCUGACCCCUGGUCAGAGCUGCCAUCAGCUCUUGGUUGAAAGGGACGCUGUCAGAUUAAUGCGCAAUACGGCAAUUAAUUCACAAUAUGGCAAUUAAUGCACAAUAUGGCAGUGAACGCGCUACGCGACCCCCGAGACUGAACUGAGUAUCUUUUUGCUGUGUAGGUUUCUUCUGAUUCAAGUUAGAGAAACGAACUGAUGUUUCAUGUAGCUUGUUACCAACUUUUUUGUCUUAUUACAGCGCCGGGUGCCACUUUGUUGGUAUUUAAGCUCAUAAUGAUGUUAAGUUAUUUUAUAUUCCCAGUUUCUUAGUGUUCUUAGGCUAGGAUUUAAAAGCUUUUAUUUCAGUCUAAAUUCUGAGCCAAAACUAUGUCUUCUAUCCCUUUUACUAUAGGGUAUUUUUUAUCUUUUAGACUAAAAAGGGCCCAAAAUCUUGCACCAUCAGCUUGUUUGCAGCAAUACUCUCAUCUCUUCCCUAUCACCCAGUUUAUUUUCUAUCUACGUUUAGCUAAUACUGAGCUUUAGAAGGAAGCCGCUGCCUCCUCUUUCUAAGUUGCACCUGCCGGUGCUGGUUUCUGUUGGGCACAGAUCUCUCAUUUGAAGUCUUGCCUUGGUGAUGAUGAACCGUAGCACACAGGGGUUUAAUUCCAGUGGAAAUGUUCUGUAUGUUCCUGUUGGAUUCAUUGGAGGGUGCGUGAAAACAAACAAAAACCCCAAACCACGUAGUGCACGUGGGCUGUUUUAAUUCAUCCUCCUUCCUGGCAAAGUGUGAGACUAAGGAUUUGUUUUAAUUGCCGUGCUGGGAUUAAUCCUAGAACUGAACUGACUCAGCCAUACGUUUUAUGAAGAGAAGUGGUGGUCACUGUGCUAUUUAGAAAGCUCUAAAACAUGCAAGGUGGAAACUUGUCUUUCUUUUGAAAAAGCUGAAUAUACUGAAAAAAUCUCAUGCUGCUAGAGCCUUGUGAACCCACAUCCUUGCGUCCACGGUUUAUCCCACACGACUACUUCAAAAGCUAAUAAAUGAGGGGAAAAGCGUUUUCCUGUAUUUGAGUGCCUGUUCACCUCCUGCAAGGCCCGUGCUGAGAGCAGGUGGCGGUGCCUGUAGCUCCUGUAUCAUCAAACCAAACCCUGCGCUUUGUAUCUGAACCUCGCGGCGACCUGACUCGCUCCAAACCAGAUACACGUUCCAGUAGAUCGGUGCUAUUCGAAAUAACGGAGCCAAGGGGGUUUGUGAGCAAUAUGUGACCCCUCCAUAAACCACAGAUGGCCGGACACGUUUCUGGCUGCGGUUCUCACGCCGUUCCCGCUGCGGCGUCCCAGGACGCGGAGCUGACGUUGCUGCGGCGCCGCGGUCGCUCGGCUCUGGCUCAGCUCUCACCUACCUCCCGCUCCCUUGGCAGGAUCGCUCUCCCUCGGCUCCCUGCACAGGAUUUACCGGCUUUGAGGACGCUGUGGGAGGUGAACGGGCUCUGGGCGUGAGGGGGGUGGAAGCAGCUGCCUGUGGAAAUAUAGGAGCAGCUUAGGUGUCCUCGGGUGGUUUGUGUCAGACUUGAACUCGUGGAGAGCAAGCAUGUGCCUUUUUCUGAUCAGGAACAGGAGCUGGAAGAACUUGUGUCCGUGUUGGUUGUACCAUCAGUGUUAUUCUUGAGCUGCUUGUAGAGCUCCAAGUCCUUGGUCAGAACGGAGUUGGUUUUGUGUUGAGUUACUUAAAGUGAGCCCCGAAUUAUUUGUGAAUUAGAGCUACUCAGAGGGGAGAAGCUUUUAAAAUAAGUGCUUUCUGGAGAGUAAAUGUCGUUAAAUAAAUAUACUUCCUGGUAGACUUGCAGUUUUUCUCAACAAAAUUGAACCUUGGUAUGUUUCUCUAAGGAGAAUCAUUAAUUCUGCCUUUAUCUGAAUGUUGCCUGUCCAGUAACACCUUCGCUCUGCACACCCCAUUGCUCCCCCAGGUUGGUGGCUGUAGGGACACAAGGGAUGUUGUUGGGGAGCAGCGCAGAGCUCUGGGUCAGUAGGAACGUGGAGGUUGAGGAUUAAACAUCGCACGUAAUUCUUCAAGAAACAGUUCGCCAGCAGCUGAGAGCUGGGAUGUCUGUGGAAAAUAUUGUGUGGUCUCUUGGGUUUGGGAAGAGUUUGUAAAGUGGUACAAGGGAAGGAAAGAUCCCCUGUGACAGCGAGGUGGAGACUGUGCUGCGCAAAAUGGGGCACCUGGGUCCUUAGAUGUUAGUUUGGGCUUAAAGCUGCUGAAAAGGUGGGUUCUUAGAGAGAAAUGGAAGAGCUUUUCCAAUAGGUUCUAUUUGAUGCAGUUUUGAGAUACUGAUGAGUUUCCUACCCAAGAACUCGGGUACCAACGCUGGCUCUGACGUGGGUUCCCUCGCUCGCCUUGGGUGAACGAUUCUGCCUCGUUCUUCACCCUAUCUAGGAAACGUCUGAUGAUUCGCCUCACCUUACGAGAGCGCUCUGGGGUGUUCUGAGGGUGAACCAUGUUGUGGAAGUGCUAAAUUCUUGAUACAAACCUUCUUGCAAGUUUGCAUCCUCAGUGAACAUGGUUCUGUUCGGGGUCGGUCUCUGCCGUGAGCCUGUGCCCCUGCGAGGCCGUUGCCAUCGGUCCCGGGAUGUUCACCUGUUGCUUUCUUUUAAGAUAAUCCAUUUGUUGCAGAACAGACUGUCAGAGGGCAAGUUUAUUUAAUUUAAAGGUUGGUUUUUUUUUUCCUAUUGCUGAGAAUUUUAGAGCUCUUUCAAACGUAUUUGGCAGUUGGAGAAUGAAUAGCUACUGUAAUACUACCUAGCAGUGCAGAAAAACAUAACUACGUGUUGAGUUCAGGGCUAUGCUAGCCCAUAAAUCAUAGCUCCGCAACCCAUUUAAGUACAGGUGUUCAAAAAUUAGCUAUUGAAAUAGUUUAUUAAUAAACUUUAACGAUGCUUACACUUGCAAAUCUCUUAAAUGUAUUCAAAACCAGUUUCUUUGGUAGAAACCCAUGUCUUGCCGAUUAGUGUUGACUCGGACGUCAUAGCAAAGCAAUACCCACUGGAGCAAUGCGCAGUUUAAAGAACCUUUGGGAGCGUUUGAAGGUUGUGUUGUGCCAGCAAAGGGGAAAAUCGAGCAGAGCUCUUUACCUGGAGAGGAAAACUGAAUGCCCAGAAACCUCAGUGAGAGGAAAACUGCUGGAGACCAAGUUUGACUGGUGAAGAGCGGCUUCUCCUGGGUACUCGGGUUUGUGCGCCACUUUCCUCCUGCGGCUACACUUCUGACUUUUCUUUGGACUUGAAUUCUAUUCUUCAUCAAAACGUUCUCAUUUCUGCUUUUCUCAGUGUUGAAUCUAGCUGAGAGACAACUUAUUGUUACGUUUUCCUGUAGAAAAACCUAGAAAGCUGCGUUUUUGUGUCUGGUUUGCAGGCGGUUUUGCAAAGCCGGGCUCAGCACAGCAAUAGGUUGGCAGAAGGAGGUUUUGGUCUGAAAUGCUGAUAUUUUACAGACUCAUUGUCCAGCCCCUCCUGCCAUGGCCAGUUCAUGGGCUGGGGGACACACGCGGGGCUCGCAGGGCACAGACCCCCUGUUACGGUCUUAAUUCUUCCCCAGGUUGGUGAAUAAAUAGUGUCAUUGCUUGUCGUGGGGAUAAACUGGGUGGUUUGCGUGGCUUGGAGGCGUCUGAUCAUAGAUAACAACAGUGUCUAUCAGCAGGUAUUACUUUAAAGCUUUCGUGGUAAUUGGUAGCAUUCGGUUAUGAGCCAACGUGGGUAUUAAAGUAUCUUCAGGAGCAGGUGGCUCAGGUGGCACCACGUGUGCCAUAAACAUUGCUGGCGAGCAAGCUGGAUUGGUUUGGGAAACUCCUGGAAGCUAUGUUGUGCUUAUAAAUCUUGCAUAAAUGUUUAAAUUUUAAAAGAAGUGCUGUUUGAGUUUCCUUUUCAGAAUAAAAUCCUAAUAAAGGGGUCCGGUGGAUUGAGAUUCCCUUCUGCAUAUGCGUCUCGGUUUUUCUCGUACGCUGGUACCUGCUCCCCUCGUUUCGGUGUUACCGUUGUUUCAGCAGGAACUGGAACGUGUCCCACCACGAGGGUCCUGGGCGUUCUCAGAGCAAAAGGGAAUUGUUUCAGUAAUUAAGUAGACUCGAGACGUUGCACAAACAUAUUGUAGACGGAUGGCGAACGAACUAGUAAAAGCCUUUAUUUUUACUUAACCAUCUUGACCAUGUGUGCCUAUUUGUAUCGCGGAUGUGGGCUGCAACCGUGUGGGGUGGGAGGGAGACCGCGUGUCGGUGUGUUUGGAGAUGUACUCGCGAAGCAGAAGCCUCUUCUCCCUUUCCAGAGAAAUUGUUCUUGCCAAAAUUUUCUACCUGUUGCAAGAGUUGCUUUCUUUCCAGCACAGUAAAAUGUCAACCUCUUUCACUGUUCCUUCCCUCUCGUAGGCAUCUGUAACCUCUGUACGACUGUGUAUAGUACACACAACAGUCACCAGAUCUCUGCUGGCUUUAGAUACCAUCAAGUUGGGUGUAUUGUAAACCAACCGUAUUCAUUUGAAAAAUAAAAUUUUUUUUUUGAAAUGCA